CAUCCAACCAAAGUCAGAUAAUCGGACGGCGUACAAUAAAAAUUGAAUCUUUUCUUUUCUUUUUGAGUUUUCCCAUAUGGUGCUUCUUUACACUAAAACAAUUAUGGAUGCCCCCUGCCAACCUUGUCUGUGGACUGCUAUCAUCUUCUCUUAUGCCAAUUAGAAACAGACUACUAGCUUACAAAGUAGAGAGAGAGAGAGAGGUUACUUUUGCUCGCUCGCCAGGCUUACAAAGGACAAACAGUCAAAUAGAGGAGCAAAUCUGUGACCACAACAGAAUCUGGAGAGACAUAGAGUAGGGAGAGCUUAUCCUCCAUAUUGAGUUAAAAUCAGAAAUGAGUCUUGCUGUUUUCCUCUUUGCUUUCUUUGUUUUCAUGUCCAAGGAAACUCGGGUUCGUGCAAACACCGAGCUAAGAGCGCUCAUGGACAUGAAAGCUGCCUUGGACCCCGAGGACAAGUACCUAUCUUCAUGGACCAAUAAUGGCGACCCAUGUGAUGGUUCCUUUGAGGGUAUAGCCUGCAACGAUUAUGGUCAAGUGGCUAAUAUUUCCUUGCAGGGAAAGGGGCUCCGUGGGAAGCUAUCUCCUGCUAUUGCUGGGUUAAUGCACUUGACAGGCCUCUACUUGCAUUAUAACUCUCUGUGUGGUAAGAUGCCCAAGGAAAUAGCUAACUUGAAGGGGCUUAGUGACUUGUACUUGAAUGUGAAUAAUCUCUCUGGAGAAAUACCUCCUGAGAUCGGAGACAUGGAGAAUUUGCAAGUUUUGCAGCUUUGUUAUAACCAGUUCACCGGAAGCAUACCCACCCAGUUAGGAUCUUUGAAGAAGCUUAAUGUUCUUGCUCUGCAAUCCAAUCAACUCACUGGUGCAAUCCCUGCAAGUUUAGGUGAUAUGGGCGUGUUGAUGAGACUAGAUUUAAGUUUUAAUAGUUUCUUUGGUUCGAUUCCUACCAAACUAGCCGAUGCUCCUCUGCUUGAAGUUCUGGAUGUCCGGAACAACUCUCUCUCUGGCAAUGUACCACUGGCUCUUAAGAGACUGAGUGACGGAUUCUUAUACCAAAACAACCUGGGAUUAUGUGGUGCUGGCUUUAUGAAUUUGAAAGCUUGCAAUGCAUCAGAUCAUAUUAAUCCGAGCAGACCUGAACCCUUUGGACCAGAUUCGACUGGUUUGCCAACAAGGGAGAUUCCUGAAACUGCAAAUUUGCAGCUGCCUUGCAACCAAACGCACUGUUCAAAUUCAUCGAGAACCCAUCAGGCUGCAGUUGUUGUUGGCACAAUCAUCUUGACUAUUGCAUUGUCCGUUAUAGGAAUUCUGACAUUUACUCAGUACCGUCGCCAAAAGCAGAAGCUUGGUAGCUCAUUUGAAAUUUCUGAUAGUCGUCCAAGUACAGAUCAGGCCAAGGGGGUUUACAGGAAGAAUGGCUCUCCUCUAAUCAGUCUUGAGUACUCUAAUGGAUGGGAUCCUUUAGCGGAUGGUAGGAAUUUCAGUGGGCAUGAGGAAGAUGUCUUCCGGAGCUUCAUGUUCAACUUGGAUGAGGUGGAGACUGCUGCACAGUACUUCUCAGAAGUGAAUUUGUUGGGUAAGAGUAACUUUUCUGCAACAUACAAGGGAAUUUUGAGAGAUGGCUCUGUUGUUGCUAUCAAGAGCAUUAGUAAAACUAGCUGCAAGUCGGAGGAGGCUGAAUUUUUGAAGGGAUUGAAUAUUUUGACCUCGCUGAGGCAUGAGAAUUUAGUGAGGUUGAGAGGAUUUUGUUGUUCAAGGGGCCGUGGGGAGUGCUUUCUCAUUUAUGAUUUUGUUCCCAAUGGUAAUUUGCUGCAGUACCUUGAUGUGAAGGAUGGUGAUGGCUGUGUGCUCGAAUGGUCCACCAGAGUCUCUAUUGUCAAGGGGAUUGCCAAAGGUAUAGCCUACUUGCAUGGGUACAAGGUGAACAAGCCUGCUUUGAUUCACCAAAACAUUACAGCUCAAAAAGUGCUUUUAGACCAGCGACGCUAUCCAUUGCUCGCAGAUUCUGGUUUGCAGAACCUUCUUACAAAUGACAUUGUAUUCUCAGCCCUCAAGGCCAGUGCUGCAAUGGGUUACCUAGCUCCUGAGUAUGCAGCAACUGGCCGAUUCACUGACAAAAGUGAUGUAUAUGCAUUUGGGGUGAUUGUUUUCCAAGUUCUCUCAGGGAAGCGAGAAGUUACAAACUUAGUACGUCUAGCAGCUGAGUCUUGCACUUUCCAAGAUUACAUUGACCCCAAUCUGCAUGGGAGGUUCGACGAAUAUGAAGCAGCUAAGCUUGCAAGAAUUGCUUGGCUUUGCGCUCAUGAAUCUCCUAUUGAAAGACCAUCUAUGGAAGCUAUUGUUCAAGAGCUGGGUAACUGCAGUAGCUGUCUUUAAUUUCAUGAAUAUUUUCUUCAACCACUGCCUGGGCAAUUUUUGAAUGAGUAAUGAUAUGCUGGGAAAUGUCACUAACUGAACUCUUAGGAUUCGUAGUUGUUUGUGGUGUUGUGUUGCCUCCUCCUGCUGAGGAUUAAACUUUGUUGUGAAUGUGACUGAAAACUUGUUCUCAGCCUUGAGAUGGGAAAUUGCAAGCGAUUUUCAGUUGUAAUCACCUUAAUUUUAGAUAUUUGAUGUUUAAGUGGUGUUUUACCCCCA